UGAAUCGCGGCGUUGGGCGGCAAAAAAUUACCACCGCCUACUAUUCGCCGGCCGUGGCGCGGCAAGGCGUCCCACGGGAAACGGAGUAUGUGAUGACGUCACGACGCCGUACAUAUAAGCAAAGCAUUCCCGACUUAGCAUUCGCAUUCUUCCCAGAAAACCGCGACCGUUGUUGUGAAAGUAUACGCAUACUCCACACAUUUCCGCAAGGGUUUUGUGUAAGGAUCCUUCUCGUUGAAAAGUAGCAAACCGCAGUUGAAAGUUUACAAAAUGUCGGCGGGAAUGUGCGUUAAUGAACGGGUAUUCGUGUAAUUCGCAACAUGUGAUCCGAAAUCCAAACCUGAGUUCCUCUUAUAAACAACGAGUCAGGUAUUCAAUACUGGAAAGUGUAAAGACACAAAAAUUGAGGGAAGAAAAUAACGAAAUAUUAAUAAAUUUUGAAGCUUAUCAAAAAUGGCGUCAUGACUCUCCACUGAAGUCUAAAGUGGCGUUAUUCAACAAAGUAGCAGAUAAGCAUGUACAGGGUCAGGCAGUCAACCCCUUCUCCAAUGGCCAAAAAGCUGGAUCUCUUGCAAAACCAAAUAUAUCUAGAGAAGACUAUGGAAAACCUCCAAAAGGAUCACUAUCAGAGCUGAGAGCCUUCAAAGCAACAAUACAUGUCAGCAGGGAAAUGAUGGAGUUGUGUGAUGUCAUAAAUCAAUGUGGAGAAAGAUUAUUUUCUGAAAAAGAAAAACCUGAUGAUCCUAGGAUGGUGAUCAGUUUUGGGGAAUUGUUUGCUAUCUACACAGCAAUUUCGGACAAAGUUGUUGGUAUUCUCCUAAGGGCUAGAAAAUACAAAUUUGUAGACUUUGAAGGUGAAUGCUUAUUCCAAAGAAGGGAUGAUCAUGUACCAAUCAUCCUACUGAGGCCAAUCAAGGAAAUCAGGCAGAUUCUAAAUGACAGGAUCAAUGAAGCUAUGAAGGCUAUUAAAGAAAGUGAAGCGGGAGAAAAUUUCAGCUAACAUCUAUAGACUGCGUGUAAGAAUAAUAGCAAUUUUGUGAUCGUAAUUUAACUAUUUAUUGGAAAAUUCCGUUUAUGUUAGGUGAUAGGGGAAAAGGGAAAGGGAAAGGUGUACAUAUUUUUAACUCAAGAACCAGUAUUUUUGUAGAAAUGUUAGAUUUAAGUUGCAAAGUUUUUCUAAACUAUUUUUGAAUCUAAUGUUUUUUCGUCACAAUCAGACCAGAGCAGACUAUUUUUUGUUUAAAUAAAAAAUAUCACAAGUAUACCUACAAUGGUUUUAUUUAUCAAUUAUUUUUUAGCCAGCAAGUUAUGAUGGAUUGAGCAGUCUGAACCAGUAAACAUUCUAGGAAUGGUACUCAGUACAAGACUAAACUGAUGGACAUCGCACAUUGAUUAUUUAUAUCCUAGACUGUCUACACAAUUAUAUGUCCUUAGGCAGUUUAGCAGAUGCUUCGAUAACCAUACUUUGCGGGUAAUUUAUUUUAGCACGUUCAAUAGUAUAUAGCAAAAUGCUCAGCAGCAUCUAGCAAAACUUUCAUUUUAAAAAAUACAGUUGUAAAGAUUAGAUACCAUUUCCAGUUAUAUAGAAACCACACAAAAUAAAGCAUUACCACUGCCUUUACAGUUCAGAACAAUUUCGUCUCUAAAAAUUAAAUAUAAAAUAAAACCUUGAAUACUCGAGUACUCUUUAAACGGUUUGUUUUUUUCUCGAUUGUUUAAAGCUCUCACAUUUUGUCCUAAUUGUAAUUCUAUUAAGUGAGACCUUAAAUCAAUUAUAUAAUUCUAUUUAAUGUAGGCACGCACAAGUUGGUAGAGUGAAGCCUGGCAACUAAGCUACCUUUGACCUUUUUUGCCGACCUCGUAGGACCAACACUGUACUACUACUGCACGAGCCAUCAGCUAUCUCCUAGUAGCUAAUACAAUAAAACAGCUCCAGGCAUAAGAUGUGUGUGUGUGUGUGCUAAUAUUGCACAGUGUGUGUGAUAUAGAAAACACAACAUCUAAGGCAAGGAAUUCACUUCCGAUGCAGAGAUCCGUACCCGCGACACCCGGGUUGCUAGCUUGACGCGCUGACCACCGAGCUACCGAGACUCCCUUGGAACGCAAAAACUUUCUAGUUAAUUGAGCUGAAAACCUCAAUUUUGUAAAUGUAUAUUUUUUAUAAUAAAUAGUAUUACUACAUUCUUCCAUCAGUUUAUAUUUUAAAGUCUUAUGAGCUCAGAAAUUUAGACAAAUCUGAAAUACCAGCAGAAAUACACCUUUAUGCUCUAGGUAAUGUUAAUUACGUAAUGAAUCCAUACUAGCGCCUGAAUAUGACCAAAAAUAUAUAGGCGAACUCAUCUUCGAUUUUCCAAUGACCUUUGACAAUAUUCAAGUGUCGCAGCAAUUGCCAAAAUCUUCGUUAGCGUCAAGCCGGCAACACCGCUGCCUACCAUCGCCCCAUUCAACCUGAUUGUCAAGCAAUACUGUCAUAAGACAUUGCACCAGGUGUUACCCGCGCCGCUUCGUACGCCUUAAACUGUUAGUAACAUAAACAUUUUAUGCGAUCGCGUAUUGCAUAUUUGAUGGCAUUAGUAAAGUGACAGCCAACUUGCAUGCCUGUGAUAUUUGGUUACUUUAUUAGUCGUGUAACCUACAUGUUCCGCUGGUAAAACCGCGGUGCAGAAGGCUAGCAUUUAAUACGUCUUUAUUUGAAUCAAUAAGCUAUUUCAGAAUCCUUGUCAUGAAGUGCAGAGUCUCAAAAGAGCUUUCAAGCUGUUUCGAGAAUGAUCGGACAGCGACGGCAGUUUUGCAGAUGAUACCGACACACUUUCUGCGGCACCACCACGAGUAUCGCUCCACUGCUUAGUAUUGGCAUUGGUUAAUCUAUUCUGCCUAAAGAUAUAGUCAUCCAUAUACUGUAUUCUAGCAUCUAGAAGGGGAUCCGACAUACCAGUGCCAUAUAUUUAGGAAUCGACGUUGAAAAACAGUAGUGUUUGGUUCUGCUAGUGCCUGAUGGAUGGCACUAGGAUCUUCAAUCCCGUUUUGGCACUAUUUUACUUGGGUAUCUUCGGGUAUAAUAAAUUAAUCAAAAUUAGAGAGGCGCUAAAAAGCGAUUGGAGAUCCUACCGUCGUCUAUUAAACAGUAACUUUUUUUAUAAUAAAUUCAUUUUUGUGUUCUACUGAUGUCUCAUGGAUGAUGCCAGUAUCUUUCAGAUCCCUCUUUGGACGCCACAAUACAGCAUAUGGUUCGCUAUCUUUAGGUGGAACAAUUAAUGGUUUUAGUCAAUUAUUUAAGUACAAUACAGAUGCCAAAUUACAAUGAAACAUGUCGUUUGAAAAAGGUAUGCACAUUCAUAUGAUCACAUUACUUUUGCCCUACCUAUCUAUUUACAAGAGCUUUGCGUGAAAAUGAUCUUUACAUACACUAAUGCCCAUUUUACGUCAACAAUUUGUUCACGAAUUUAUUCAGAUGAAUUUCUUUACGGACAUCUUAACACGUUCACGACGACAAUGCAUGGAGUAAAACACGACUGUAGCCGAUAAUUUUUUUCGUUUUUUUUAGUGCAAAUGUACAUUGUCUGUAAUAUAAUUUCUAGAAAAUGUGUAAGUGAGCCUUAUUUUGAGUUUUGAAUACCUUUUUCAAUAUGUACCACCGGUGGUACACGACGGCUUUGAUGAUUCUUUUUUUCAUUAUGAGGGAAAUGGUAACUUCAGAACACAAGGGGUGUCAAAGAGGCUAGAAAUGAAGCCAAGCUUGUCUCUACAUCUUGUAAAGAUUGUCAAGACCAACCGAAACUAUGUCUUCAAUGUUUUAAUGAAAUCCAUAAGUGAAGUUAU